AUGCAGCGUAGCAGGGAUGCAAUCGGGUGGUGGUGCGUGUUCUUUCUCCUCGGUGCACCGGUGUUUCCCGCACGGCGCACCGUCGCCACGUUUUUGUGCUCCGUCAUCGUAUCGUGCACGUGGCCCCUUCCUCUCCUGGCGUGGUGUGCGCACCUCAGCGCUGCACUCCAGCGCGAGCGUUUUCUCGAGCCGGAGUUAGCGAGCGCGGUGGACCUUUUUACGGUUACGCCGCAAGAUGUGAAUGACGAGGGGAAGCAGCAGAAAGCAGCGGAACCCUCGACGAAAAGAAGGAGUUCUGCGGCAAGAGCCUCCUCCAUUACUGUAGACGCGGCUGUGGACUUCCACGACGACGCACACGCUGUCAAAGGGGCCGAAUUGCGCACGAACUCCUCCGAAGUGUCGCGCUGCUUUGUUCUGGCGGCGGUGCUUCUCUGUGGCAGUCUAUUUGGUCAGUUGGAUUGGCAGCUGCCGUGUCAGGUGUGGCCAUACCCCUCUCUUACUGCUUACGUUGUGGCGCGAGCUUUGUACGGGUUGAUGGACCUCAAGGCGAAACUGUACUCACCUGAUUGA